AUGGCAAGACCAAGAAGAAAGAACAGGACUCACUUGAAAGGGCCGGCGAAGGGAGAGACCGAGGAGAAUGUACCUAAAUCAUUCGUGAUCAAAUCUGGUGUGGUGACCAAAUCGAUAGCUCAAUUAGUUCGAGAUACAAGAAAAAUAAUGGAACCUAAUACCGCUACGAGAUUAAGAGAACGACCCAACGCCAGAUUAAGAGAUUACUUGACAAUCGCUCCUUCACUCAAAGUCACUCAUCUGCUCGCCUUCACUCUGACGGACGCUGCCAACGUACAUCUCAGAGUCGCCAGAUUUCCACAGGGACCUACUCUGACUUUUAGAGUGAACAAGUACAGUUUGAUGAAGGAUCUGGUUCAAUCUUCCCUGAGGAAUGUGGGUAAAUCGCCUGGAGGAGAAUACCGUAAUCCUCCAUUGCUCGUAAUGAACAGUUUCCAACAGCCUCAAAACGGUCCUGCACUCCCUCAACUACGUCUGAUGAGCACGAUGUUCCAAGGUCUAUUCCCUCCUAUCCAGGUUGAGAAGUCCGCCCUACCCACCUUCCGAAGAGUUCUACUCUUAUCCUACUCCCACCAAACAGGAUGUAUCUCCUUCCGACAUUUCACCAUCACCGUCCGUCCACACGGUGUCUCCCGUAGGGUACGUAAACUGCUGACUACGACCGGUACAGUCAAAGUAUCUCGUAAACAGCCGAAUCUAUCGAACACAGAGGAUAUAGCGGAUUACCUGUUGAAGAGAGCAGGAUCAGAAGCGUCUACCGCAGCAGGGUAUGAUAGUAUGUCAGAGACCGAGGCUUCGGAAGGUGAAUCAGAUACGAACGCAGUUGAGUUACCUGAAGAUUACGUUGGGAGGGGUAACAAGAAAGGUGAAAGAAAGGCUGUGAGGUUGAUCGAAACUGGACCGAGAAUGGAGUUGAAAUUGAUCAAAGUGGUGGAAGGAUUGGUAGGAAGUAAGAAAGGUGAAGGUGAAACUGUUUUCCACGAAUUUGUCCACAAAUCUAAAUCCGAGGCCAUGACAAUGCAACAAUCUCACGAGAAACGACGAGCAGAGAAAGAAGCUAGAAGGGCGGAACAAGCUGCCAAUGUAGCUAGGAAGAAAGCCGAAAAGGAUAAGAAGAAAGGAAAAGCUCCUGCUGCCGAUGAUGAAAAUCAGGAUAGCGAUGAGGAGGAAGAGUCAGAUGAUGAAUUGGAUGUAGAAGGUUUAUCGGAUAUUGAUCCCGAAGAGGAAUUACAGAGAUUGAGAGAAAGUAAAGUGAAAUUCCAAGAUAACAAUGAUGAAGACGAAGAUUUCGAAUAUGAAGAUAGAGUUCAGGAUGAGGAUGAGGAUGAUUGGAAUGAAGAUAUAGGUGCGGAAGAUGUCAGUUCUGAGGAAGAGGAUGUACAUCAGGAUAGUAGUGCAAGUGAAAGUGAGGAUGAAAUUCCGAAACCACCGCCUAAGAAGAAGAGAUCAAGUGGGAAGAAAUAA